CCUCGAUUCUCUCUCUUUGUGCAGAAGAAAAACAAGCAUAGUAUUUUCUGGACUGCAGUCUCUUUCGAAGACAAGGUAGUAGAUUUGUUCCUGGGUUGGAGUUCGGAAAACUGAUGGAUAGUUGUCAGAUCUGAAAUAAAAUUCAGGAAACUAUCCACCAGUAUGAGUAGAAACCAGUUAAAGCCAGAGAAGUCUUCUUUGUCGUAUGCUGAUCUUCAUCAUGAAAUUAACAAACGUGAGGAAGACAGUAGUUCAAAAUCUUACCAGAAGCACCACAAGCAACCGAAUUAUGGAAGGGCAAGUGAAGAAGAUGAGUUGGUUAUGUACAUGUCAAAGUUGCCAGGUUAUUUGGAGAGGGGGAGAAAAAAUAACGAGAAAGCUUUAAAUGUUGGGGUUCUUGAUUGGUCCCGUCUAGAACAAUGGCAGUACAGUCAUAAACGUGUAUCACAUAGGAGUGGCAGGAGCUCGACAUCUAGUAAUACAUCCUCUUCUGUUUCGAGGGGCGGGUUAUCUGGUCCUUCUAGCACAGGUCAUAGUUGUUCUCCUUCUGGUCAAAGGAAAUUCCAUCCAUCACUGCAAACUCACUUUAUGGCAUCUCCAAUGGAAGGCCACUCCCAAGCAAUCAAAUCCUCUAGAGAAAGUGUUAGAGAUUGUCAGAAUUUUAGAGGUAACCAUAGUAAUGUUGACACACAGAGGAAAUAUGUUAGAUUUGAUGAUCAUCUUUCCCUGAACCAUGCUAAUAGUAGACUGGAAGGAUGUGACAGGAAAUAUUUGGAUCCAUGUACUGAUAAGGAAAGUGACAUCGAAGCAGCAUCACGUGCUAAGCUGGAAAUAUGCACUCAAGAUCGUGGAUUGGAAAAAAAGGUGGAGACUUUGAAAGAACCAAAUACUGAUAUUGUUAUGCAAGGUAUCCUCAGGAAAAGUGAGCCAGUUGUUCUUCUGCCUAGAGACAGCCCUCGGAAGAGUCAUUGUGGAGUUCCUGAUAUGCGAACUUCCUUAAUUCAGAAGUCUGAAAAUUAUAGUCGAUUGAGCUUUUCAGAAAAGCCUAAGGAGCUUUUCCAUAAAGAUCUCAAUUAUGAUAUUUUGCAAUCCUGUCCUCUUCCAGAUGAACUCAGCUGUGAUCAUUCUCGCCAUAGAUGGUCAGGGUCCAGUUCCAUAGAUCUGGAAAGUAUCAAACUUCCUGCUUCUGCUGUCUCAUCACCCUUAUCCACUUUCUCAUCACCCUUAUCAGUCAAAAUGGAAAUAAGCCCAUCCAGAUCUAGAAAAGAUGUGGAAAGAAAACAAUCUAUAGCCAAAACUUCAUCUGCAAAUGGGCCUCUCCAGGAAUUAGACCAAAAAGUAACAUCUGAAAAGUCAAGAAGCUCUUCACCUUUUCGUCGAUUAAGCAUCAGCAUUGGCUAUACAUGCAAAGGGUCUGCCUGUAAAGAGGGUGGGCAUGUGCCACAUCUGAGCUCCACAGCAGCUCUUAAAUCUAGUUCAGAAAAUGUGAGAGGUUUUGCUAGCUCUGAUAUUUCAGGCAAUGAUAAACCUGUUGAUGCCGGCAGAAGCAGGUCAAGCAAUUUAAGGAGGCUACUGGAUCCCUUGCUGAAACCAAAUACAGCAAAGAGCCGUGGCUCCUUGGAGUCAUCUCAGAAGGAUUCAGUGUUAAUAAAUAAGAAUUGUAGAUCAGCUAAUGGGAAUGUUUCCACUCUGCAGCCAGACAAAGAAAUGGACAGGGACCAUAGGGUCGGUUCCAGCCCAGUUAAUACCACUGAUUCAUCAAAGGACAAGAAGCACAUCCCAUCAAUGACUCAAGCUCUUCUGAGAAUUGUUAUGAGGAAUGGCAUGCCCCUUUUCACAUUUGCUGUUGAUCACACUGAUAGCAACAUUCUUGCAGCCACUGUGAAGAAGUUAGGUGCCUCAGGAAAAGAUGAAUGCAACUGUAUUUAUACCAUUUUCACCUUGAGGGAGGUUAAGAAGAAUAAUAGAAGUUGGAUGAAUCAAGCAGGCAGAAGCAAAGGUCCUAAAUACAUUCCCCAUGCUGUUGCCCAAAUGAAGGUUUCUGAUUCACACACUUAUGAUUUAACAGGCCAGAAUUGUGUGGACUCCUCUUCAAUAAAAGAGUUUGUUAUGUUUUCUGUAAAGCUAGGGCCAGGGGAUGGUCAGGCCAAUGACUAUGAGCCAAACAAUGAGCUUGCUGCUAUUGUUGUCAAAAUACCUAAAGCUAUCAGUUUCAUCAAUGAUCGUCAUCAGAGCAGUUGCCAACUUGUCCAUACAACAGUUGUGCUCCCAGGUGGGGUUCAUAGUCUUCCAAGUAAAGGUGGACCUUCAUCACUUAUUGAGCGCUGGAAAUCAGGUGGAUCAUGUGACUGUGGUGGUUGGGAUUUGGCUUGCGGACUUAAAGUUCUUGCUAAUGAAAAUCAAGCCUGUAGAAAGCCAAGGUCAUCCAAAGCUUAUUUUUCGGAUCAAAUUGAUCUUUUUGUGCAGGGGAAUAAACAAGAACUCCUACCGGCAUUUAGUUUUACCCCCUUUAAGCAUGGAAUGUAUUCAAUUGCCUUUGAUUCGUCACUCUCACUUUUGCAAGCAUUCUCCAUCUGCAUAGCAUUAGUGGAUAGUAAGAUGCCAUAUGAACUAUCUGGAUCAAGAAACUCCAUUGAAGGAAAAAAUCCAAGGGAAACACUAUCGGUGCAAACUGAGGAACUAAAGGCUUUUGGUAAAUUGGUGGACAUUCCUGCAAGUUAUGUUUGUUAUCCACCGCUCUCUCCUGUUGGUAGGGUCUAAGAUUAACAUGUAGUAUGGACAUGUCUCCGUGCGGUUAAAUGGGCAACAUGGCUAAACGGCAAUGAAUCGAUUGCUCACAGGGAUUAGUAACUGUUACACUCAUAUCUGCUGGCAUAUAGGUAAAUAAAUUAUAAGUUCAUGAUGACAGGAUCAUCAUGGCAAGCUAGAGUAUAAGAUUGGAGCAUGAUUUUAAUACUUUUCUUCAAUGUUUUUUCUUUUUUCCAACAGAAGCAAGUAUUCGUAUUCAAAAUGUACCAUGUGAUAAAACCAUCACUGUCAAAUACCAAUCAAUGGAAGUGUGAAUAGUAUGAGUAAAUUUGUAUUUAGUGUUU